AUGUAUCGCCUUCCUCAGAUUCCAACCGCCCUCGUCAGAGUUGAUACUCUGAAAAAAAUUUGGAAGAAUGGAACUGAUGGUUUGUGUAGAAGCAGUCCAGUCGCAACGCUGCUUGUAAGGUAUAAUGCUUCCUCUUCAGAUACGGUCGGUGAAACGCAAGAGUCUCGACAAAUUCAUAGGUUAAGGCAUCUGCGGAACGUCGGGGUCUUUGCCCAUGUCGAUGCCGGAAAAACGACGGUGACCGAGCGAAUGCUUGCUUUGGCUGGUGUAGUUAGGCGAGCAGGCAGUGUUGACGACGGUGAUACUGUCACAGAUUUUCUACCAGCAGAAAGGGAGCGAGGCAUCACUAUCCAGAGCGCCGCAAUUGCGUUUUCUUGGGGCUGGCAUAACAAUGGAAAAGGCGAUGAUUUGCAGCAAAACGAUAAUGUAAGGAUACAACUGAUUGACACUCCAGGCCAUGUCGAUUUCAGUGUUGAAGUGAAUCGAUCCGUGGCUGUGCUCGAUGGCGCAGUGCUAGUCCUAGACGCUGUAAAAGGAGUCCAGCCCCAAACUGAGACAGUUUGGAGAGCUCUAAAGACCCCUUCUAUUAAUAAUCAUGAUCGUUUGCAAGAUCCUGAUUUUCGCCGUUUUUCACACGAUCCACUACCUUGCAUUGCGGUGAUCAACAAAAUGGAUAAAGAUGGACGAAACUUUGCAAACGCGAUAAGCACGAUCCGCCAAAAGCUACCGGGGGCUUUUCCUCUACCCAUUCAGCUUCCUCUCUUCUCGAAACGCUCUGAAAACGAAAGCCCACCAGACUUGGUUUCAUGUGCUGUCGAUUCUCCAGAUGAACAAAGGGAGACAAAUGGUGCCUUUUGUGGAAUCGUUGAUCUUGUGCAUAUGCGUGCGUUGGUUUGGCCAGAUAGGAAGGAAGGAAGUAUUGACAAGAGCGCCCCGACGGUAAUAAAUUUACUCCAGGGAGAAUCCAUUGGACGAGAUGCUGAAGACUGCCAAGUCACAGAGAUGGCCGUUGCAUCCCGUUCAAAGCUAAUUGAAUCCUUGGCUGAGAUGGAUGUGGAGAUGGAAGAACUAUUCCUGAACGAUGAAACGCCAAGCAACGCACAGGUCCGUGCAUCACUGCGGAGAGCGACUCUUGCACACAAGGUACUUCCAGUAUUAGCUGCGGCUGCACUGAAGGGGAAAGGAAUAGAGCCUAUACUUGAUGCUGUCGCAGACUUGCUCCCAUCCCCGCUUGAACGCAAAACGCCUGCCUUGAAUGGAGAAUCUACGACUCCUGUGCACAACGGACAUGGUAAGAAAGAAAUCAAGCCAAAUACUUCACAAAUUACUCUAGGGCAUCCGCUACACCCAAGUUUGCUGGCCCUGGCCUUCAAAGUUGUGCACAUGAAAGGUCGCGGAGGCAGCGGUGAUGGCAGAGUUGUUUUUGCUCGCAUUUAUUCGGGGAAGCUGUCUGAACGCGAUACGGUACAGGUUAUAUCACCCCCAGCACCAGGUGACACGCUGAAGAUAAUCCGUUCAGAACGAAUAGGUGGUAUGCUUGAGCUGGCAGGUGGGCGCUUGGAGAAAAUUGAGGAUGGUGUCUGCAAGAGCGGGGAUGUUUGCGCGAUUGUGGGUUUCAAGACAGUCGUCACAGGUGACACCAUAAGAUUCGCCGCUGACAAAACAUCGAAGUCAAACAACAGCAAGAGUCAGAACACUGAUGAAAUGUAUCUUGCGGGGGUUGCAUCCCCUAAACCAGUGAUGACUGUGAGACUGGAAGCGGAGACUGCAUCAGACCAAUCGCGCCUUUCAGAAACAUUAAAAUUGUUUUGCAUAGAAGAUCCAAGUCUCGUUGUUGAAGAAACAGAAUCUUCGACUUUGCUUUCUGGAUUGGGGGAAUUGCAUAUUGAAGUCACUCUCGACAGGUUGUUUCGUGAGCACCAACUUAGGGUGAUGGUUGGACCCCCCUUGGUCGCAUACCACGAAAGUGUCAAGGAAGAAAUUGAAACGAGUGGAGGCCUGUUAGAGUAUGACCGCACAAUUGGUGGCACCAGACUACAAGCAAGAGUCCACCUCUUACUCAAACCCGUGUCACACGAGAAGAGCUCUUCGUGCGUGAUGUUGACAACUCCUUCCGUGACAAUAGGAAGCAAAGCGAGAGAGUUUUUAGGUAUGAACGCUGAUCUAUCGGAACUGCUGCUGCUGCAAAAGAGCGAUUUAGCUCGAGCUCUAGUCCAAGGCUGCCUUGGCGCUCUCAAAAGGGGAGCUUUGAAAGCGUCACCACUUAUGAAUGUGAUUUGUCAUAUUGAAAAUGUUGAUGCGGAAGGGGGACUGGCUGCGCUCAAGCGCUUACCGGGUGCCCUACAAGCAGCGUCUGCAAACGCUGUUUCAGUUACGCUAGCACAAAACCAAGGCAGUUGUACUGUUUUGGAGCCGACCAUGUCAAUCGAGAUAUCGCUUCCGAAUGCCAUGGUCGGUGACGUUCUUUCUGAUUUGACAUCUCGAAGAGGCACAGUUAGCGAUGUUGUUGCAGGAGACAGUGAGCAAGAGAACUCUUUGGUCCUGGGUGAUGUCCCUCUCUCCGGAAUAAUUGGAUAUGCAAACACGAUUCGAGCCCUUACUGCAGGCGAAGGUAGUUUCAGCGCAGAGUACAAGGGUCACUCGCCAUGUUGA